AUUGUACAAAACUUAUAUUGUUAUAUUGAUUUGUUUAGAUUUGACAACAUUAAUGUAAUGGCAAGGCUUUUACAUACCUGUAGAAAGGCUGGGCAAUGGACAAGGUAUCUGUCGAACUUUACAGCUGAGCAAAAAGCGAUUGAGAAGCAUGCUGGCGAAACAGCAGCAACGUGGAAGUACAUAAGUUUGUGCGUUGGCUUACCAGUGUGUGGAUUUCUGUUUUAUAAAAAUCUCAUAGUUGGUGAAGAGGAGCACCAUAGCACUUGGAUUCCCUAUGAUCAUAUUCGAAUUCGUAAGGUACCCUUCCCAUGGGGACCGGAAUCGUUGUUUCAUUCCAAACAUAAUCUUGGACCAAACCAAGGUGAGCACGAAGAAGAAGCUCGAAAAGAAAAUUUCAUUACAGCAUUUAUACGCAACGAAAUGGAACGUCAUGUAAAGGAGGAUUGGAAAGUACAAGUUGAAAUGCUCGAAUAUUGUCAUCAAAAAAUGCUAGAACAUAUUGAACGAAAGAAGUUCCCUUCAUACCCUCCUAUGCCAAGUUAUGCGCGAGUUUUUGGUUUGCCAAAAUACGAACUUCAUGACCCGAAAUCACAAAGGCCAAUUGGAUUCGAUGAUUAAAUGUUGUUUUCAGAACAGUCAAUUUCUUUACAUUAUUGACUAAAUAUUUUGUUUUUCUUAUCCAUGGAAACCUGUUUAUUGGUCAAAUUGUAUAUACAUACAUUG